AUGAAUGAAGAUGACAUGAAGCAUUUGAAUAAAGCAUUUGCAUUGGCACAAGAAGCAGGCGAUGAUAAUGAAGUGCCGGUAGGUUGUGUGUUUGUUUGUGAUGGUGUUGAACUGGCUUAUGGAAGAAAUUCGGUAAAUCGAACGAAAAACCCUACUCGUCAUGCUGAAAUGGUUGCAUUAGAUGAAUUGAAAGCAUGGUGUUUAUCGAACAGCAAAGAUAUCGCCGAAAUUUUACCACAUUGCACCUUAUACGUAACGCUUGAACCGUGUAUAAUGUGUGCUUGUGCAUUAUAUUAUCUUCGAAUUAAGCGUAUUGUCUACGGCGCAGCAAACGAAAGAUUUGGUGGUUUGUGCAGUGUUGCUGAUCGUGAGAAAUAUGCAUCAGAUCAUAUUAUACAAAUAGAUGGUAAUGUUGAUGCGGAUAGAGCAAUUGCAAUGUUGAAGGGCUUCUACGACAAACAAAAUCCAUUUUGUCCAGAGGAAAAACGAAAAAUCAAAAAACCAAAAAUGGAGCCAAAUACGACCAAUACUUUUUAG